ACUAUAUUAUAGUUCUUCCGUUGGCGAACUGCCUUUUUUCCGUUUUUUUUUUCCACCCCUCCUUUCUUCUCUUCCUUUUUUUGGGGCAAAAGGAGAACAGCUAAAGAAGACGAACAGAGGGCAGAAGAAUGGUGGAGACCCAACAGACAGAAGAAGUAGAUGAAGGCUGAGAUAAGAAAAAGAAAGAGAGAGAGAGAGGGGAAACAAACACGAGAAAAUAAGGGGAGAAGAAAGAAGAAUUGGCAUAAACUGAUGGAGGCAGAUUGAUGGAUGGUGAGAGAGACAGGCAGCGGGCAGAAUCUGAUGGAUUAAUGGCUGAGCAAUGUGCAGAGGAAGUCUUUCUAACACCCCAAUCGUCCCUUUUGUAAGCAAAAGAAGAGCGAGGGGGACAGAGGAACCGAUCAAGAAAGAAAGAGGGAGAGAAAUGGGAUAAAGAGAACAAAAGAGCACAACUCCAAACCCGCAGUCCAGAGAGAAAGCUCCUUAUUGUCUUCCUGCUCCAUCCCUUGCAGCUUUCCAACUCUCCAAACUUCUGACCUCAUGUCAGGACGAGCUGUUCGAGCCGAGACAAGGAGCCGGGCAAAAGAUGACAUCAAGAAAGUGAUGGCUGCUAUCGAGCACGUCCGGAGAUGGGAAAAGCGUUGGGUGACUGUGGGAGAUACCUCUUUACGGAUCUACAAGUGGGUACCUAUCGUGGACCCUCGGGACGAGGAGAAAAGACGUCUAGAAGGUGGCAAAGAGCAGCAACACACCAAAGAGAGAAGGUUGCCGAUGUCUGCUUCUCGGACCAAUUCCGCUCUGCUCAUGUUGGACCUGAAUGAUGAGAACAGCAACCAGAGUUCUCUUUCGGAGACUUCCCUGCUGAAAGGAGGAGACACCAGCCCCACCCCCACCCCCGAUCGAAGCCAGACGGUGACUCCCACCCUCUUAGGGGAGCUGAAGACGGAGGAUUUGCAGCCCCCUUUGUUGGGGCAACAGGGAGAUUCUGGGGUGCUCCUUCUCGAGGGAACUGAUGACCCUCCCAAGCUUAGAAAAGAAGAACCGGAUCUCAAGACGUCUGAUUUCCAGGCCACGGAUACAGCAGCUUGCUUGGAACCCACCAAAGACUUGGAAGAACGAACGGCUGAACUGGGGGAACCACUCUUGCUAGGAGCUCCCUUGCUGAAGCGGAUCCGUGCAGAGGCACAAACUUUGGAGCCCAGCCCACCCUCUGAGGUUUAACCUCAAGCUUAGAUUCAGGCCUGUCCUUCCCACCUCUUCUGAUAGAUGGAUCUACCCGGGAGAACUAGAAUUUAUGGCAUUAGGUUAGCUAAAUAUGGUGGAUCCAAACCAUCAGUCUGCUGCCCCCUAGUGGAGGCAUAGCAUGACAACACUGUUUACAUGCCCCAACCAUAUUUUGUACAUGGCUUGUGCAUGUAUGGAAAUGAAACGUGGCUGUGGGGAGGGAGGCCUAUAACCAGAAGUAGCUGUGGGGAGUUACAGAAGUGAGAAAGGAAUGAGCAAAGCUGCUUACGUUACCUAUGCAGAAAUGAGAUUUACAUAUUGGGAAUAGGACAGAGUAAAAGUAAAGGUCUGUUUAAUACACGCGUCAGGAAGGUCAAAAGACUCCCCAAUUCUAUCUUCUGUGCUAGUUUUUCAGCGUAAAAGAGCAUCCUGGAGUUGAAAAGCAAAGCUGCAAUUUUACAUCCAUUCCAAAUCCAAAUUUUGCAGCGUGGAAAUGCAUAUUCCGGGAAGAGAGCAAGAUGCACAAUUUAAACUUAAGUAAUUCAUAAUGCUAAAUUUUAGGGUAUCAGCAGUUUUCUUUGGAAACCUGGAAACUAAAGGCGUGCAAAAUGGGACCGUGUUUGUGGCUGCCAAAUCCCACGCUGCUUUGCCAGGAGAAUGAACACACUGAACCUUGAUGUGAAGCCUCAAAUAAGGCCUGGAAUUAAGCCUCCAUUGAAAUGAUGAACUCUGCCCUAAAGACUCUUUUACAUGAGCAUGUAAAAAAGUGCAGGGCUUUGAUCACAUGGGCCAAGGCCACCAUCUUGACUGCUUUGACCUCCCCACAAAUGCCUCUGGAUUCUAUGCACCUGAGACACUGGGCUUUAUAUUCCAAGGGGAAAUUCUCCCUUAUAGAUUGUUUCUGUUGUUGAAAACUCAGAGGAAGUCUUAGGGUUGAGGUAGAAAGAAAAGGCCAGGAGUCUUGUUGUAGAAUGUAAAAACACCAACACACUUAUAAUGGGAAGGGCCAUCCUUUAAAAAGUGUUGCUGGGUAAUUUCACCCCUGGUUCCCACUCUGAUCGAUGGAUUUUCCAGUUGUCACCCCAAAAAAGCCCCUUGCAAGCCCACUGCAAAGACUAACAGGUUGGGAAGGCACACAGGGCACGCCAAGGGCUGAAUUUUCGCUCUGGGGUUAAAGGAUGCAACCAGAAAAUGUGCAAAGCUGUGGUUUGCUGGGUAAUAUAAGGCAAAAUGAGGUUUCUUUGCUUAUGGCUUUGCAUGAGGGAUGAUUCCAGUGUGGGGCUGAGGCAUGUUUAGGAGCCCCAAUGAUGUCACGUUCAUGGUGUCAUGCUGCAAUUAUGUCACUGGGACCAGUUGCAUCAUUCGUAUCAUUUGCAUAAUGCACCAUGACAUGUGUGAUGGCACACAGCCCCCGGAGAUGUCUGUGGUGUGGAGUUGCAGCCAGCAAAUAAAAAUAAUGCUUUCUAACUUUUUAGGGAGGGAAAAAAAAUGUACGCUACUUACUAAAGCUAUAGAAUUCAUUAGAAUUCAUGAACAGGUGGGAAUGCAUUUUGGCAGUCGUUCUUCAGGCUUCCUUAAGAUUGGUCGAACCUCAAGUGUAUAUAUUUUCUCUAGGUGUGUUUCAAACACCGUGACCCAGAAAUUGUGACAAUCCACAUUUAGAAGGAUUGUGUGCAAGAGACCCUCGUGUGUGUUAUUUGCCAAAUAUAUGUGGCAUAGGAAGCCAUUCACCAAUUGUGGAUUUGCCUCAAGGAAGACACGCUGUUGUAUUUGUUCAACUUGACAUAUGGUAUAGUUGCACAAUUUCUUGCACACGUCUCAGUUCUUGAUGGAAGCUUUUUCAUGUGUGAAGUCAGCCCUAAGAGAUUCAUUCGUAUCAGGUGAAGGAUCUAGUAGCUAGUGAAAGUACAGUAUGAUUUGAUUUAAAAAUAUCAUGUUAGCAUUUUUAUAUCUAUGAUUUUAGAAGCAACUUUUAAUUUUACAUUGUAAUUUUUAUAGUUUAUAAACCGUUA